AUGAACGAAAUAUUGAUCUACAAUAGUUCUUUAUCAAAGCCCACUCGUGGGAAAUCUACCAAGAAAAAUAAAGGAAGAGUAGGAUCUGUCUACAGAGCUAGAAAACAAACUAAUGAUGUUUACCAGAAAGCUGUUGAGGAGUAUGAGCAAUAUAAAUAAGCAAAAUCCUCACGGAAGUGCUCUCGACUCUUCAGAGAAUGAUAUUUACUGUAAGAACAGCAAAGAUGACAGCAGGAUUAAGGCAAUUAAUGGCAAUAAUUUAAGCAACGCUGGGAAGUCUGUUGUUGGCUAUAAGAAAUUAGUCAAUAAUUUCAAAAGUCCUUAUAUGAAUCAAGCAACAAUUGAUAACCUGACGAAAGCUUACUAUCCUGGUAAAAUCAGGAGAAGGCAGCUUGCUAGACGAAAGAAAAAGAGCUGAACGCCAAAUCUGAAGUAUAGAAGGGGACAUAAUUCUUCUGAAAUACCAAAGGUGUUUCAGUAUCCUGAAACUCAAGAGCAAAUUGAAAUUAAUCAGUUGAGGACGAAAAGAGAACUUGAAGAGCAACAGAUUAUUGAACGACAGAAGCAGAAUAUAGAGAAGCUCAAGAAGUUACAAAACCAAGUUUCCCAGCCUCAGAUUAUUGUUGAGGAUCAAGAGAGUGAACAAGCUGUGGCAGUUACUAAGGUCAAGCCUGUUAAGAAAGAUUUAAUUGAUGACUUAAAUAUGAAAAUGCAGCUUGAGAUUCAAGAGAAAGCAAAAGCUUACCAGAAUGAUCCAUCUCUGCAAGAUAAGGUAUAUAAUGGACAAGCUAUUAGAUCUGAGAAUUUUAAAGUUCUAGAAGCAACUAGUCAUGAAACCAUCAAGCAAACCCCUUUGGAUAAAAACAUAGGUCUUCAAAAGGCGAUUCUGGAGAAAUCUGAUUCUGCUGUAUUGGACAAUAUUGUUGAAAAGCCCGUUCAAACAAACGGGACCAAGAAGAGGGGUGUCUCAAAGUCAAAAUCUAAGAAAGCGGUUCCUAAAACUAUCAAACGAGUGUUUCCAAACUGCCAAGACUUGAAGAGUUGGAAGAAAAGAAAUCGGUUAACUCACAAGACAAAGAUAUUUAAAAUUGUAGGAGGAUAUACCACUAUUAAGGACACCCUUCAUGAGAAAGGAUGGGUUGAGAACAAGGAUAAGAAUAGUGUCUGCUUUGAUCUUCUUUGGACUACAAAACAGCGAGACAUCAAGUUUGAAGAUCUCAAAGAUGGUCAAGUUGUCAAUCAUUUUAAGAACAAUGCAGCGAUAACUACAAAGAUUGGCCUAUGUCGAAAUAUUGGCAAGGUUCUGAACUUUAGUAGCGUCGAUGUAGAUACUUUCUUCCCGAAAUGCUUCUGAUUGAAGGAUGAUGAUGACUGGAAGGAGUUCUCUACGUAUUAUAAAGUUUGUAAGGCAGAAGGUAUUCUUAAGAAAUUCCUGAAAAAUGAACAAGUUGACCCAGACAUGCUUGAUGUCGCCAUGACUGUUUGUCGGAGAAACUUACUUGAGCUGGAUGAUAUUAUUGACAAACCCUUCAAAGAUCUUGUAUCUGAUGAGGAGUGGAAAGUACUCAGGAAAGGCGAAAAACGAAUAAAGAACUUCAAAAGAGAUAAGAAGAUCUCAAGUUUGCUCCCUGCUAAAAGGAGCAAGCUUCAUCAAUCACCAAAAGGGGUUUCCAAUAUCUUAAAUUCGAAGAAAGAUGCCAGCUAUAAAUCCCCCAGUAUUGUGACCUUAAAGCUUCCAGAGCUUGAAAACAAGAAGUUUGCGAGUACUACCAAGGGAGAGAAGGGUUUUUUCAUUGACUCAUAUACCAAGAAUGAUGUCAUAAGAUCCAUGAUUGAGACUCAGGGACCUUCUACCUCAUUCAUACAAAAAGAGACUUCUGAGAAACAAGAUAUGCUACCAAAGAGACUGGCUCAGCCUAAAGGUUCCUCUCAUAUGACUCUGAGGAGUGAUAUUGAGUCUAUCUGUGAUAGACUCAAACAAAAAUUCCCUCAGUAUCAUAUUAACGGGGACAAGAACAUUUGGAUUAUAAAGCCAGCAGGUUUAUCACGCGGAAGAGGCAUCCAAGUCUUUAGUAAUUUCGAUGAAAUAACUGAUUACACAUGAGAUAAAGAGAAAGGGUGGAUUGCUCAGAAAUAUAUUGAAAAUCCAAUGAUUGUAAACCAAAGGAAGUUUGACCUCAGGAUAUGGGUCUUUGUGUCUGACUUAAACCCAUUGACAAUCUGGUUUUGGAACAAACCUUAUAUUCGGUUUCCAGCAGCAGAUUACAAUGCUAAUAACCUUAAGGAUAGAUUUGUUCAUUUGACUAAUAAUUCAGUUGGGAAGUAUGCCAAGAACUUUGAAGUUAUUGGAGACGGAAAUAUGUGGCAUAUUGAGCAACUUAUAACUCAUUUGCAGGAAAAGCAUGGAAGAGAUAUCUGGAAUGAAGAAAUUAAACCUAAAAUUAAGGAUAUAAUUAUUCAUUCACUUCAGUCCGUCCAGGAUCUUCUUGAUACGAGAAAAGGGUCGACUGAAAUGCUUGGAUAUGAUAUUAUGAUUGAUGAAAACUUUACUCCAUGGCUUAUAGAGGUAAACUCAAGCCCAACAAUGGAAUCUAGUACCAAAGUCACAGCCCACCUAGUCACAAACGUAAUGCAGUCAGUCGUAAAGAUUAUUUCUGAUUACAUAUUAGCCCCAAAAGGCUCAUCGAGAACUGAAAUUGACACAGGAGAUUUUGAACUGAUUUAUAAAGGCAAGAAGUUUGUGGAUAAAGGACUCAACUUGUUCGGAGUUAACUUGUGCUGUGAAGGCACAAGGGUCUAUUCUUAAGUGGAUUUCUACUGAUUUGUUGGGUUUGAGGGUAUGGGAUCUGUGGAGAGUAUGGUUGUUAAGUUGUUAGGCCUAAUAAUGUGGAGGUUUAAGGCUGU